AUGCCCCCACAGAAAGAGGAAAAACUGAAACAAGCUGGGUUAGUUUACCCCUCGGCAAACCCAAAGAAAAAGGACAAUGAUUAUACACUAACAACAAAUAGUGUUGACAAUGCUGAAGACUUGGAUAAGAAUAUUGCAAAGGAGAGAAAUACUACCACCAAGAAAACUACUAAGGAGGCAUCAUAUAUUGGGUGGAGGCAAAUUGGUGGAUGGGAGGAAAGUGAUUUUCUUACUGCCGACGAUUUCUUAUUGGAUUCAAAUAAUGAAACAUUUUUAGACAACCUUAUUCCAGAGAAAAUGUAUGGUGAAUGGUACCAUUCGGUUGGAAGCUGUGCUAUUGGAGGCAUCUUAUCUUUUGGGUUAGGUUACUUUAAAUUUUCAUUUGCACCCGUUUUCCUUUUGAUGGCUAUUGUAUGCCUCUAUUACAGAACAUCCAUAAAAAAAUAUAGAACUAAAAUUAAAGAUCUCAUCGAGAGAGAAAAUGCAGUAGCAAAAAUUGAAAAUGAUACAGAAUCAAUUGAGUGGUUAAAUCAUUUCAUGGAGAAAUACUGGUGUCUGAUUGAACCCACUAUAUCUGAACAGGUAGUCACUAACGUCAAUACGACUCUAAAUAAUUUGUAUUCGUUGCCCAAAUUUGUUCAAUCUGUUUGGAUUGAUCAGUUAACUUUGGGUGUGAAAUCUCCAAGGAUUGACGGCUUAAAGACUUUACAAAAUACUAGCUCAGAUGUUGUUGUUAUGGAUUGGCAGCUUUCACUUAUUCCUCAUGAUAUAUCAGAUAUGACAGCUAAACAGAUGCGAAAUUAUGUUAAUGAGAAGCUUGUUCUGAAAUUCAACCUAUUCGGAAUAGUAAUUCCGAUUUCUCUCUCCGAACUCUGUAUUGAGGCAAAGGCAAGAAUUCGAUUUCAACUAAUGGAUGCUUCGCCUCAUAUCGAAACUAUCAAUAUCCAACUGUUGGAAAUCCCCAAUUUGGAUUUUGUCGUCUCCCUUUUCUCGAGCUCAAUAUUUAACCUGGAACUGCUGGCGAUCCCUGGGCUAAUGCCAUUCAUUCGAGCCAUGGCUAAAAAAUAUAUGGGUCCAAUUCUACUACCUCCGUUUUCAUUGCAACUCUCUUUACCUCAAAUAAUAUCUGGCUCGAAUAUCUCCAUAGGUAUCCUAGAAAUUAGAAUUAAGAACGUUCAAAAUUUGAAGCGUUCAACAAAUCCAUUAAAUGCCGUUGGAAGUCCAUACCUGACCUUUAGAUCAGGAUCAAAACUUCUUGCUACAAGUAACACUUCGGUCAGUAAAUAUAAUCCAGAAUGGGAUGAGACUAUCUAUAUCCAACUCAAGACAUUUUUUAACCCAAUCACAGUAACUUUAUUAGAUAAGAUGGAGAAACUGAAAGAUAAGUCCAUUGGUGUUCUUCAAUUAAAUUUGGCUUCAUUGCGCAAAACUCCUCAACAAAGGCAUUUGAAGUCAUUUUUCCUUCGAAACUCUAGAAAUGUUGGUGAUUUGCAUUUUGAUUUACACUUCCAUCCAACAUUAAACCAAAAGCGUCUGCCAGAUGGGACUAUUGAAGAGAUUCCCGAUUUAACCUCAGGCAUUGGUUUGAUCAAUAUUGAGAGUUUAAAAUUAAUAAACCAGAAAAGCAAAAAACUUAACUUAUAUGUUGAAGUUUAUAUUAACUCUAAACUUGUUUGGACGACAAAAAAAAUCUCUGGGAUUAAUUCCUUCGAAUGGAAUUCAACUUAUGAAGCAAUUGUCUUAGAUUGUUUAAUGACAAGAUGUAAAUUUCAAAUUAAGAAUCACAAAGAUGAAAUAAUAGCAUCAACUACACAAACUUUGAGCUCUUUAUUGGAUAGAACCAUGAUUGAUAAGAAUUCAAUUCCGUUAAAAAAUGGUAAGGGUGAUCUGAAGAUUAUUACCCAUUGGAAGCCCGUUGAUUUGGGUAUCAAAAAUGAUAUGGUACCAUAUAUCCCACCGAUUGGGAUUGUUCGUAUAUUCGUUAAUAAGGCAAAGAAUUUAAAAAAUACGGAUAAAUUGGCAGUGUGUGAUCCGUACGUUAAAAUUCUCGUCGAUGACAUUGAGAAAGGAAGAACGCCUGAAAAGUGGGAUACUUUGAACCCCAUUUGGAAUACUGCAAUUUCUGUCGCAGUGACUUCACCUAACCAGAAGAUAACGAUUCAAUGCAAUAGUCAUCGAACGUUAGGAGGAGAUCUAACUAUUGGAACUUUAAAAUUACCCUUACAGGGAUUAUUUCAAAAGGACCGAACUGAUAACUAUACAGAAUAUAUUGACGAUAAGCAAAGAACUGGUCUCUUAUACAAUAAUAGGGGGCUAAGUGGUGAGUUAACCUACUAUGUCUCCUUUUACCCGUCACUCCCAAUCUUAAGUCUUGAAGAGAUCCAUCAACUUGAUAAAAUUAAUGAAAGAAAACAAAGCUUACUAUCUUCAAAAGAACAACUAACAGUUGAUAAUGAUCGUAGUGAGGAAAAAUUAAGAGAGAUAGAGCAAGAAGAGAAUGAAUUGAAUGAGCUGCAAGAUGUGUUUAACAGUAAGAUGAUGUUACAGCUAGAAGAGUUGGUACAGUAUCCUGUAGGGAUUAUAACAGUUUCGAUACUUGGUGGUGAGUUACCGGAACCUGGCCUUUAUGUUCAGACAUUUUUUGAUUCAUGUGGGUACCCAAAUUUUAUAGGGCCACGAUGUUCGAUAAGAACAAUCAAUACAGGAUGGACCGGUGAUUAUAUGGUCAAGGAGUUAGAGUGGUCUGUGACUACAUUUAAGGUGACUAAGAACAGGAAUGCCAAUAAGGCAGAAGAAUGCAUCUGUCAACUUGAUAUCCCUACUUUUGAGCUGGUCAAGAAUUGUUAUAAGACACCAAAAAUUCUCAAUCUCACAGGUAUAUCGACUGCAAAACUAUUAGUCCAAGUUUCUUGGCUUCCACUUAAUGUUACCAAGUUACCGCAGAGCGAUUUGAUUACAAAUUCUGGAGAUUUAACUAUUACUAUAAAAAAUGCCAAAACUUUACCUGUAGGUGAUAGAAAUGGACAUUCUGACCCAUAUUUGAAGUUUUAUUUAAAUGAUGAAAGAGAUUAUUUUUUUAAGACGAAAAUUAAAAAGAGGACGUUGAACCCAGUUUGGAAUGAAACUACAAAACCCAUUCAAAUAGAUAAUCGUGUCAAUGAUUGUAUACUGAUAGACGUUAUGGACCAGGAUUAUGGUCGCAAGAAUGAUUUUCUUGGUAAAGCUAAAGUACCUCUUGAUGAAAUCGAUCCGGAGAAACCAACUACAUUAACUGUACCAGUACUUAAAAAAGAUGGUAAAGAUGGUGGAAGUUUGCAACUUGAGUUCCAAUUCGAACCAAGAUAUACAUUGAACGUUUCGAAGCGAACCGAUAACAUUGGUGAUCUUGCCGCCAGAGGUAUAGGUACAGGAAUAAGAACAGGAACUACAGUGGUCAAUACGAGUAUCGUAACAAUGGGGAAAGUAAUGGAAGAAGGCCAAGCAAAGUUGAAGGCCGGUUUGGUUUCUGGUCUUACAAGCAAGCUAGCAGGUUCACUUUGA